AUGCUUACACGAAACUCGUGGGAUACAGUAAUGUCAAAGAGUUUCUUGACAUUUGAGCAAAACCUUCUGCGGCAAUGCAGUUUGCAGAAGUUACUUGAUCCGCCGAGAUGGAGAAGGACUAGAAAGCCGGUCUGGGCUGACGACGCAUGGAAAGCUGCCAUAGAAGAUUUGAUUACGCAUGCCAAAAAGAUUAAGUACGACGUCGGACUGACACAAACUAUGCGUUACCACCCACUAAAUGCUGCAAAUACCCCGGGAAAGUUUGUGGAGUCCGUGUCUCCGUCUGUCCGAUCCGAAUCGGACGAUCACUUUAAAGAAGUUGUGGAUCAACACAAGUUUCCACCGAAUUCGUCGCUUACGCUCCAAUAUCAAGAUGCAAGCUUUCUAGAGCAGCUCUGCAAGCUUUGGAAGCUAUAA